CACAAUUUUCUUGUCACACAGAAUCACUUUUCCUGAUUGCUGCUAAUCCAAUUCCAAACCUUCGAGAAGAUGGUAGUAAUCGAGCAUCAGGAGACUGAUGAUCGAAACCCUAAUCCCUCCAUCGCCGGCACAAGUAACGACCCUUCCGACGGCUUUGAAACCGCCAGUGACACCGAUCUCGGCAGCGACGUCGAUGCCAAUGACGGCGGUGCAAUCAAACACGAAGAACGGGAACAUCUUCAGACACAAAACCAACAUACUGAGCAAGAGCAGGAGAAGGAGCAGGGUGAUCCUCAGAGAAUCAUUUCCUCUGACGAUGCUUCGAUCAACGAGGAGGAACUGAAACAGAAAGCAUUGAUUCAAGCAAAUGAAGCAAAGGUAGAAGGGAACAAACUUUUUGUAGAUGCUAAGUAUGAGGAGGCAUUAACACAAUAUGAACUAGCUUUACAAGUUGCGCCGGACAUGCCUUCAUCGGUAGAAAUACGAUCGAUAUGCCAUGCUAACCGUGGUGUGUGCUUUCUGAAAAUGGGGAAAUAUGACAACACUGUUAAAGAAUGCACCAAAGCAUUAGAAUUGAAUCCUACCUAUGUCAAAGCUUUGGUAAGAAGAGGAGAGGCCCAUGAAAAACUUGAGCAUUUUGAAGAGGCUAUCGCGGAUAUGAAAAAGAUCUUAGAAAUUGAUCCCUCAAAUGAUCUAGCUGGGAAAGCCAUUCGCCGGCUAGAGCCCCUUGCUGCAGUAAAACGGGAAAAGAUGAAAGAAGAAAUGAUUGCAAAACUGAAAGAUAUGGGCAACUCUCUCUUGGGCCGCUUUGGGAUGAGCGUAGACAACUUUAAAGCAGUCCAAGAUCCAAACACUGGUUCCUAUUCUGUCUCAUUCAACCAGUAAGUUUAGUUGAGCAAAGUCAUGGCAGCAUUGGUUUUGAGACUUCGUUGUUCAUGCAAGUUACUAGGAAAAUUCAUAUGUUCAUGUAUAUUGUAUGAGAACAAAAUUAUACUACAGUUUUAUUUCCUUCAAAGGGCAUUGGUUGAUUGAUUCA